CAUGUCACGUACUAGUACCAUGCUCUCAUUUUAAUAAACCAAACAUUAUAUAUAAUCACUUCAUAAUUAACAAGACUAUUGAUUAUAUAGUUAUAUUUGUUUUUUGACGACCAUAUUCGCCGGCGGCAACUGGCGAUGUCGGAAGCCAGAGGAGGAGGCGGCUCCUGCUAUUAUUCUGUUCUGGGAAUAUGCAAACAGGCCACUGCCUCUGAAAUUCGUGACGCUUAUCGUACACUUGCUCUGAAAUGGCAUCCAGAUAGGUGGACGAAGGACCCAAAAGUUGCAGGAGAAGCCAAGAAGAGAUUUCAGACCAUUCAAGAAGCCUAUUCAGUCUUAUCAGAUAAAGGAAAAAGAGCCAUAUACGACGCCGGAUUGUUUGGGUUCCUUGAAGACGACGAUGACCAAGGGUUUUGUGAUUUCAUGCAAGAAAUGGUUUUCUUGAUGCAGAGCGAGAAAAGUCAGGAGAAGAAUAGCUUGGAAGAUCUUAAGGGGUUGAUAGUGAAUAUGAUAAAUGAGACUGACUACAAUUCUGCAAGUUCCAGGAAGAAGAUUCGUAUGUGUAUCUAGUUAAAACUAUAUUAUAAUUGUUACUGUUAGUCUCAUCUAAUAAUAUGGUGAUUACAUGUAAUAUAUAUUUUUUGACAAAGUAAUUACAUGUAAUAUUAGCACAAGAAGUGUGCUUCUUUCAUUAUAAGAUUUUAUACUUAAGUGCUGAGAUUCUAUGGUUUUGGUCCCCUCCCUUGGGUGGAUUCUCAUGAUUUUCUUCAAGAAGGGUCACUUUCUGGUUGUA